GUCACACUGGUGGGAUUUCGCGAAACUAGCCAUUUCGGGCAAAUCUCUCAGGCUGGCGGAUGGAUGGCGUCGCUUGUCGCCGAUUACGGUUCUUCGGCGUCGGAUUCGGAGGAAUCAUGCACCCAUGAAAGCGAAAGCUCGGACGAAGGAGCGAAAGAAUGCAGCGAUGAACAGUUUGCAGACAAGGCCGACCGACCGAGACUACCGGGGCCGUCCUUCCAGUCGGCCUCCAUUGGAUCCUCGUCCGUCUUCAACAACCCAUUUCGCGAGGAAGAGCAUGCACAGUCCACGGUGCUCGAGAGGCACGUCAAGAUGACCACGCCCGUCAGCCAGCAGACAAAGGUCAACGGGAAGCAGAUCUGCUGGAACUACAGGAAAGGGCGUUGCCGGUUCGGCCACAACUGCAAGUACCUACACGACAGUGAUGUCCUGGGAACGACCGCAGACACGGAGGAAAGCGCCCCAGUGCCCGAGCUUGAAGCGAUGGCGGCGGCGUCCGAGGGGAUGGUUUCCAACGAAACUUCCUCGCUCAAGCGAAAGAACAAACGACCGGGUCUUUCCGACAGCAUCCAGCUUUCCAAGAAAGCCAUGAAGUUUUACCACAAAACUUCAGGGAAGCCGAGACCUGGGACGCACGUAACUCACUGAUGUGGUCUAGUGCGUGAGAGUAGUAGCAGUCGAAAUGCCUUUGCAUAGCGGUUUUCAUUCACAUUUUCUGUUUUGUCAUUUUUCACGAGCAAAGAUUUGUACAGCCCCCCAAUCAUUUGGUAGCCAUCCAAGGUGUGCAUUAUGUGCUACUGCACAUCUUUUAGAAAAUAAAGAAAAAGCCUUAAAUAGUUUUUCUUGUGGCUCUAAAGACUACAACAGCUGGUACCUAUGAACCUGCAAACGAAGUAUAGUAAAGGUACCACUUCCUCCACAAUUUAGUAUACCCCCAACUGCCUUGACAAAUACUUCAGCAUUUCACUAGACUAUAAAUUAGUUUUUGUUCGCCUUUAUUCUUGCUCCUUUAUUUAUUAGUCGUGCCUUCGAUUCGUUGUAUGCUACAGAAAUUGUGAACAUUUUGAGUCGUGUCAUACAAUCUAAACUAGUAAUAAACAAGCUCCCUUUAGGCUCGUGUUAAGUUAAGCUUGACCUUUUUUGUGCCUUUGACACUGCACCAUGGUAAGCAAGUAGAUUAAACUUUACGGCACAAAUCAUAUCGGCAGCAAAUAAUGGCACUUGUUGCACUUACAAGUUGGAAGUGUAAACUAAUCGCCAACUAUGUACAAUAUUUUUAUACAAGGCACCUAAGCCAAGUAACCAGAUGCAGCUCAUGCUCUCUAUCUUGUUUCUCUUGCUGGCCUUUACAGACACUGCACAGAGAUGGAAUUUUGCUUCUAGCCUAGGCUGAAAGCGUAUUGUUGGGUUCCAUCCCUGUCACGUUUCAAUCUGGAUAAGCAUUUCCCCCGGCGUCUUUGGCACCAUGCUGACGUCAUCAUCCCGGUACGUGGGGUCUUUGACUCGACGCACAUAAAAGACCCCAGGCUAGCAGUGGUACCGCCCUGGCUAGAAAAGUCAGCAGACCUUUCGGCCGUCUAAACAGGAAUGUCUAAUUUGUCUUUAAUGCAUAGCACUUGCAGGGCCAUCUCUUAGGGUUUUUGUGUCUGCAUCUGGGAUAUAGCCGCGUUAGUGUCAUGUGAUGUAUCGUAAAUCCUCGCGUCCCAUUUUUGUGGGAAUGUGCGUGCAUAGUUGCAAAAUGAGUGCUAAGCGAGUGGGAGAAACCUAAAGGAAUGUGUAAUGCAUUUUAUAAAAAUAAACAUACUACAAAAAUGUUACCUCCCACAGAGUAAAUUUAAA